UGGGCAGAUACGUACACUGAACACAGUGGCUGGACCGUAGGGCAAUCUCUGCUUUUUAUGCGAUAUUUGCCACAUUUUAUCUCUAUAUAAGCCUUGUCGCCGUGUAAACUUUUUUCAGCAAAGGUAGGAGGUCGGUAAAACAGAAAACCCUGAAGUCCACUCACAUAUUACGAAAGGUUUACCAAAAAGGGCUUUGCGACGCUGAGGGGAUUGCAAGAGCCAACUGCACCUUUUAACCAGCAACUUCAUCUGCUUAAGCUAAUGAAUUGAAUUGGCUCUACAGCUUGAAACUGAGUUUUUUUGUUUUUAAUAUGUGGUUUUAAGGUUUUUUUUAACAAAUUACAUAAAGUGAGUUCAUAGGUUAUUGUAAUGCUAACAGUGUAGGUGUAAUUACACUUGCAACAUGGCUGCUACUCGAACGGUAGAGGGAAAAGUUUAACGCGGACGUGGGAGAAGUUUAAUGCCUGUGCGACUUGGUACGUGAGUUUUUGUCUAGAUAAUAAAGUCGUAAGUAGUCGCCCCGUAGUUCGGCAACGCUUUCCCCCUGGACUUGCAAACCAGUGGCUGAACCGAGAGAGAGAGAGAGAGACACCUCCUCCUUGCCCUCCUCCUCCUCCGUAGUCACCGCCGAUAGUCACUGCAGUGGACUUUGUGGGGAAACUGUGGUGUCUUCCUCUCCAUCGCAGACUGUGGUGGCGUUAAAGGACUUGUCGCCUGGGAGCUGCCAGUGUUUCGAGCUAAGAUGCAUUUUUCCAUACCCGACACAGAGGUUCGCUCGGGAGAAAACGGUUCGACCUAUGUGGCCUACAACAUCCAUGUCAAUGGUGUGCUGCACUGCCGGGUACGCUACAGUCAACUCCUUGGCCUCCAUGAACAGAUAAAGAAAGAAUAUGGAAGCAAUGUGGUGCCUGCCUUCCCCCCAAAGAAGAUCUUCACACUGACCCCUGCUGAGGUCGAACAGAGACGAGAACAGCUGGAGAAAUACAUGCAGGCUAUCCGUCAGGAUCCGUUGCUUGGAGCCAGCGAGUUGUUCAACAGUUUCUUAAGAAAGGCACAGCAGGAGACCCAGCAGAUCCCCACAGAAGAGGUUGCAAUAGACAUUUGCCUCUGUAAUGGUCAGAAGGUUACCGUCAACAUUCUCACAUCGUAUAAGACAGAAGACGUCCUUGACGCUGUUGCAACAAAGCUUGACCUCCCAGAUGACCUUAUUGGUUACUUCAGUCUUUUCCUGGUUCGUGAAGGUGUGGAUGGAAGUUUAUCAUUUGUGCGGAAGUUGCAAGAAUUUGAGCUGCCUUAUGUAUCCAUUACCAGCUCACGGAGCUCAGAAUUUCACAUAGUCUUAAGGAAAAGCUACUGGGACAUGGCAUAUGAUAGUGAUGUAAUGGAAAACAGAGUUGGCCUGAAUUUGCUAUAUGCCCAGACAGUAUCUGACAUUGAGCGAGGCUGGAUACUCGUCAACAAAGAUCAGCACAGGCAGCUCAAAUCAUUGCAGGAAAAAGGCUCCAAGAAAGAAUUCAUCCAUCUAGGCCAGACCCUCAAAUAUUAUGGUUAUAUUAAGUUUGAUCCUUGUGUCACUGACUUCCCUGAGAAGGGCUGCCAAGUUAUCGUCAGUGCCGGAAACAAUGAGCUCAACUUCCACGUCAAGCUGCCCAAUGAACAGAUGAAGGAGGGAAGCUUCAAGGUUACGCGCAUGAGGUGCUGGCGAAUUACGUCUUCUCAAGUUCCAAUUGCCAAUGGUACAACCAAUCCCUGCAGCUCGGGUCAAUUUGAGAUCAAACUGGAGCUGUCAUUUGAGUAUCUGAUGAGCAAGGACCGCCUCCAGUGGGUCACAAUCACCAGCGACCAGGCUAUCAUGAUGAGCAUCUGCCUCCAAUCUAUGGUGGAUGAAUUAAUGGUAAAGAAGUCAGGUGGCAGCAUAAAAAAGAUGCUGAGGAAACGACACAAUGGCUCCAUCCACCGGUCUGACAGUCAGCAAGCUGUGAAAUCUCCCCCUCUACUGGACUCCCCUGAUCCACACCGUGAACAAAUUGUCAAACUCUCAACCAAGCUGACCUCAGUGUCUCUCAGAGGGAUCAGCGCCUCCAACUCAGCAAACAACAUCAGCAACUAUGCUUUCGAGGGAAUCGGGGACGAUGACCUGUAACCCACAAUUCACCUUCCUCCCCUUUUCCAUUCCACUGUUAACGACAAAGAUUACAAGCUGAGCUGAGCCGAGCCGAGCGGUCCACGCAGGCGUCCGAUUCUGCAAGAUUGUAGCCUCUUCCCGGAGAAUUCGCUGCCUUAAGCUCUCAUUUAAUCUUUGACAGUGACCUUAUAUUGUUUUAGACUCUGAAGGGUUAUCUUGAUUUGUAUUUUAGUUACAAUCAUCAUAUCGUCCAACUGUGUCGUUGAACUUAUCGCGUCAUUAACUUACAUUAUUCAGACAUCCUCGAUUCUUCCCUGAGUGUCUGCAUGUUCGUUUCCAACCAGAGAGCCAACUGUUUAGUUAGACCCGGCACUAGUGAUAAUAUUGCAGAACUGAACACGAUGGUUCUCGAAAUGACCCAGCAUAUUUCAGCGAAUGUGUUUCACUCGAUCUUAAAACUGUAGAAUAUUUAGAGCAACUGCUUAGCUGUGUGACGAUCAAUGUUCGGCUUUGCUAUAUACCAAAAUGUUCUAAUGUCAGUGGUCCUCUUGUGCGUCAUGCUACACGUGUGCCAUGUUAACAGACGUCAUCAGCAGGGGUUUCAUCUUCUAUUAGACACAGAGUCACUCGUACUCUGAUGUAGUUCAAGGCCUUAACUUGUAUUUCUUUGUAUUUUUUUUAUACCUUGUGGUGAAAGAUGGCAUGGGUUGAAACUGAAACAUGAUCCGAUGUCAACUAGAAUCUUGCAGAAUUUAAUGGAUGGUUGAUUUGGUUGAGCUGCUUUCACUUGCUGAACCCAUCGUUUUGCACAGGUUUAUCGGUGGAGAUGAAUGUUAGCAUGAAUUUAAACGUGCGUAGACUCUUACCCUGGGGGUGGGGGUGGGGGGUUCUCUGUAAAUCCAUCUGAUUUAAUGUUCUCAUUUAAGUUUCUCAUAAAUGCCAAAUUAUAGUUUACUAAAGCAUUUUGCACAAAAUAAACACAAAAAAGUCACUUUUUAUAUAUUAUGUACAUGCAAUUAAGUAUUCUGAACAUUUACUAAUAUCUUUAUCAUCAUAGCUUAUUAUAAUCAGAAUAGAUCAAAUGUAAUCUGAGCUGUAUGGAGCAAACUGUAAAUGGACCAGCAUUUAUCAUGUUUACAUAAUGUUUUUGUUUUAGCUCAAAAUGGAAAUUGUUUACAAAUUUUGCAUCUGAUUUUGCUUUGUCUUGUUUUUUUUGGGGUGGGGGUGGGGGGUGGUGUUGUUGUGGGGCUUCAGUUCAUUGUAAUUUGUUUGUACAUUGUUCCAGUCAUCUCAGAGGAUUUGGUAAAAGGUGCUUAGAUGAAGCGGUUAAUGUGAUCAUAAUUGCUGGAAUGAACAAAUUUUUUUUUUAAAUGAACAUAUCCCUCUGUUUUAUAUGUUAUUCCAUUUUUUUUUUAAAUUGCUGUCAGCCUAUUUCAUGCCAGCAGAUUUUAAAGUCUCUAAAUGUAAAUCAGUGCCAACCUAUCAACAGCUUUACUGUCACUUUUAGCCAGAACUGCAAACAAAAUGUUGUCAGUAUAAAUGUCUUGUUCUUUCACUGGUGUGAUUCUCAUAAGUUGCUUUCACUGUAGGGGGACGUGGGCACAAUGAUUCAUUUAUAUUUACUCUGUUCCUGUCAAUAUCAAGUACACAAAGCUGCAAGGUCCUUGAUGUUAGUAAAUGUGUAGGUGCCAAAUUUUUCUAAUGUGCAGUUAUUCUUUAGCGUUGCUUUUGAAGGAAAUAUUAGAUUUUAUGAACAUUGUACCGUCUUGAUACGUUCCGCUAAUUUUCAUGUUGAUUUUUAGUGGUAUUGGUCAGUUACAGCUGUCGGGUCAUUUUGUCUUGAUGCUUAAAAUAAAUUC